GUGGCUGCUUCUUUAGUGAAAGACCAAAAGAAACGUCCCUCUUCUGAGAAGCUCUUGAAGCAUCCUUUCUUCAAGCAUGCAAAAACAACUGAUUAUUUGGAACGUACUAUUGUUGAUGGACAUUCUCCCUUAGGUGAUCGUUUUAGGAUGCUAAAGCAAGAGUAUAUACGAGGAAUUAGCACGUGGAAAUUUAACUUAGAGGAUUUAAAGAAUCAGGUUGCACUUGUAUGUGUUCAAAUAUAAGACAAGGAAAGAUAUAUAAGAUUUGAUCAUGAAAUGCUUGUUUUUUUACGGUAUUACCCUUUAUGGCAGAUCAAUGACUUGGAUGAAGUUUCAAAUGUAGAAGACCCGAAAACUACAGAGCAACAAAAGGGGGUCAAUGGUGUUACAUUACUAUCAGAAAAGUUGUCCCCGAAGAUAGAUAAUAAUAAUACUAAUAAUAAUAUUAAUAAUAAUAAUAAUAAUUCAAAUGCUAAAACAGGUGAUGAAAUUCCUAUUUUGGAGAAUUCAUUAGUAUCAUUUCCAGUAGAGCUUCUUCAAGCACUCGAGGGAUAUUUUGAUGCAUGUGAAGAUAAUGUGGCGACUGUUAGCCCAACUGGACAAGAUGAGAAUCCAAUCUUCAAAAGAAGUAUAUUUGAUAGUGGGCCAAGGUUCAGGGGUAGAGAACCAUUUUUGUCUCAUCCAAGUGAGCUGAGGCAGAUUCUAAUUGAGGUCAUGGAUAGACCAAGUACAGAAUCAGAUCAUUCUGGACAUGAUCCAAGAAUUGAAGAUUUCACACAAGCAACAACAGAAAAUGUCCCAGAAACCCGUGCACAUGUGAUAGCUGAACUGGAUUUGAAGAGGACAAGAAUUUCCAUGUAGUUUUAAAUUCCGUGAUAGUUGGUAAGUAUCAUGUUACAGAGCAUCUUGGUUCUUCUGCAGGUAUUUUCAUCGUCAUUGUUAACUUAUGCCAUUAGCAUGGGAAGCAUGCAUAUUGAUCUCAUGUCAAAGUCCAUAAUAUAUUUUUUGUAAAGGAAUUAUCUCCUUUUAAUUGUAUAAGCAAAUGUAAUUUCAAUAGGAUACAACGAUAUCAAAGCUAUUGCUGAAGGAGUUGUUCUUGGUGUUGCUGUAGUUUUCGCAUAUCAGGCAGUUGCACUUGUUUGGUGCGGGUGCAGAAACCAAGAAGAUCAUUUCACUGAUCUUCCUGGUUAGUUAAUAUAACAAAAAGAUCAGUUGCCCAACUUUGAUUCUUUCCUCAUUUGAUUAUUUUACAUUUGUAGCUGAAGAGGACCCCAGAGUUCACCUGAAACAACUGAUCAAGUGGUUUUCUUUGCAUGAACUACAAGUUGCAACAAAUAACUUUAAUGAAAAAAACAUUCUUGGUUGAGGUGCAUUUGGAAAAGUUUACAAAGGACGGUUAGCUGAUGGUGCUCUGGUGGCUAUAAAAAGACUGAUAGAUGAUGUUAAAGGUGGCGAAUUACAGUUUCAAAUGGAGGUUGAAAUAAUAGUCCAACUGUACGAUUGCUUGUUUAUCCCUUCAUGGUCAAUGGAAGGUCAACUUUGAGAAGUGUAGAUUUUUGAAAUCUUUAGACUUACCGGUAAACACUUAUUUUUAAUGUUUUCACAGUCGAGUAUGAAUCACAUUGGUUGAGUUUUUACUGUCCAGACCUAGUUUAUAGUCUAAAUUUGAGACCUUAGAAGUAUGCAUUUUUUACUUAGUUAAUUUGAAGUGUGAGAGAAUACAUACUUUGAUGAGGGUACUGGAGGGAUGUUUUUCAAUUAUAUUCAUUAUAGUUUCAAAGCUAAAAUUAGAGUAUACUAAGGUAAUUCCAAUUAGUAACUUACUAAAAAUCUAAACUUUGUGAUGGGUAGGUUAGACUUAUUAGCUUGGAAAUGUAUUGAUGUUAUUGUUACACUAAUACUAGUCUUGUUAACGGUAUUUGCACAAUGAUACUUGAUAGCCAAGUAGUGCCUUCAUAUUAGUUUCAAAUACCUACUUUGGAAUUAGAUUAGUCAUCAAAAUUUUGUUCAUGUUUUAAGGUUGUCUAAUGUUUUUCUCAUUUGUAUUUAUCAAUU